CUCCACAAACCGCUGGUCUCCGGUUCAAGCGGUUGUUUUUUGUUUGUCAUUUUCUCGAGAAAAGAAAAUAAUAAUCUGUCAAUAGGCUACUAGUGUGUUUUUUGUUUUAAUCGCAGAGCAUAUCUGAUAGUUUCCAUUGCCAUGGCAGAACGUAUUCUUACAGUACACGAGGACAGCGAUGGCUUUAUACUUCUGAAUAGGGAGUCAGAGCAUAUCUGAUUUCUCUCGCACAUCGGCUUGGCGUUUUUACAGACGUCGGCGUUUGUAAAUUGUCGCUUUUUCAUUCAAAACAAAUCUGAAAUUAAUAACAGUGUUCGAAACACUGGAUCCUUCCGUCAACAUAGCACCAUAACAUGAUGUAUAAACGUUAGAAAAUACAUAUUUAGGAGGAAAAAAAUCUAAUUUGGAUAUGGAGUCCGUCAAGAUGAGAGCUACCGCCGGCGUGAAGGAAUUUGCGGGAAAGACUUUGGGGCAUAUGUACAGGGUUAUGGAGAAACGGCAGAAAACUGGUGAGGUGAUUGAACUGACCGAAGACGGGCGACCCUCUGAGGCCUCCGUGAAGAAGCCACCCCUGUGUGACUGCACGUGCUUUGGGCUGCCCCGCCGUUAUAUCAUUGCCAUCAUGAGUGGACUCGGUUUCUGCAUCUCGUUCGGUAUCCGGUGUAAUCUGGGCGUGGCCAUUGUGGGCAUGGUCAACAACAGCACGAUACACGAGAAUGGGAAGAUCAUCAUCAAAGAGAAAGCCAAGUUUAACUGGGACCCGGAAACAGUUGGGAUGAUCCACGGCUCGUUCUUUUGGGGGUACAUAGUGACGCAGAUUCCAGGAGGAUGGAUCUGCUCGAGACUGGCAGCGAACAGGGUUUUCGGUGCUGCCAUCCUCCUUACCUCCACUCUCAACAUGUUCAUUCCCUCUGCUGCUCGGUUCCACUAUGGCUGUGUCAUCUUCGUGAGGAUAUUGCAAGGUCUAGUGGAGGGUGUCACUUACCCAGCAUGCCACGGCAUAUGGAGUAAGUGGGCUCCUCCACUGGAAAGGAGUCGUCUGGCAACCACUUCCUUCUGUGGGUCGUAUGCUGGAGCUGUCAUAGCCAUGCCUCUGGCUGGUAUUCUCGUGCAGUACUCAGGAUGGUCCUCUGUGUUUUAUAUCUAUGGCUGCUUUGGGAUCCUGUGGUACAUGUUCUGGAUCUUAGUGUCCUACGAGAGUCCGGCUGACCACCCCACCAUCACAGACGAGGAGCGCUGCUACAUCGAGGAGAGCAUUGGAGAGAGUGCCAAACUCAUGGGACCGUCCGAGAAAUUCAAGACCCCCUGGAAGAAGUUCUUCACCUCCAUGCCUGUCUAUGCAAUCAUCGUGGCCAACUUCUGCAGGAGCUGGACCUUCUACCUGCUGCUCAUCAGCCAGCCGGCCUACUUUGAGGAGGUGUUUGGGUUUGAGAUUAGCAAGGUCGGCAUGCUGUCUGCCCUGCCUCACCUGGUGAUGACCAUCAUAGUGCCCAUUGGUGGUCAGCUGGCUGACUACCUCCGCACACAUAACAUUCUGUCCACCACCACCGUAAGGAAGAUCAUGAACUGUGGAGGGUUUGGCAUGGAGGCCACGUUGCUGUUGGUGGUAGGAUAUUCCCACAGUAAAGGUGUAGCCAUCUCCUUCCUGGUCCUAGCUGUGGGCUUCAGUGGGUUUGCUAUAUCAGGGUUUAAUGUCAAUCACUUGGACAUUGCUCCACGCUAUGCCAGUAUCCUAAUGGGCAUAUCCAAUGGGGUGGGCACAUUGUCUGGCAUGGUGUGUCCUCUGAUUGUGGGUGCCAUGACAAAGAACAAGACUCGAGAGGAGUGGCAGUACGUGUUCCUCAUCGCCUCUAUGGUGCACUACGGGGGGGUGAUCUUCUACGGCCUGUUCGCCUCGGGGGACAAGCAGCCAUGGGCCGACCCGGAGCUCACCAGCGACGAGAAGUGCGGCUUCAUCGACGAAGACGAGCUGGCGGAGGAGACGGGUGACAUCACCCAGAGCUACGGAGCCCUGGGAGGACCAGCCAAGACGUACGGAGCCACGACUCAGGUCAACGGGGGCUGGGCCGACAGCUGGGAGAAGAAGGAGGAGUACGUCCAGGAGGAGGCGGGUGCCGGAGGGUACGGGUACAAGCAGGAGGACUACUCCUAGAGCAGAGGGCCAUCCACUCACACUCAAGCCCAUUGGUAGACUUAUUUUGGAGUGUUUGCGAGUUUAGAAUUCAAAGCAGAAACAAAAAAAGAGAUAACGAUCCAUUGUUGUAUGUUUGCACAAAUUAAAAAAUCGUUAUUUAAAAAAGAUCAACUUUAAAAUAGAAAUUUAAUGUAAAACUGCUAAAGAGAACAAAUAAAAAUACAAUAGUGAUGUAACACAUAUCAGAUUGGCGAGUUGUAAAUGUAAUAUGAAUAUAAAUUAUAGAUAUAUUUAUUUGGAGUGCAAUCUUGUGUAACGGUGUGAACCAUUCCCCCCUGAGUGAGCUAACAGUAGAAGAUGCAGGGUUA